GCAUUCGAAAACAUUGGAUCAGUGGAAAUCGAAUAUGAUGGAAUUGUGUUUUGUUUUGUUAUUCGGGCUCAUCUGGAGCUGCGGCUCUGAUACACCAGAAACUUACCUUCUAAAGACACAAAGCCUGCCGACAGAUCGCAACUUUAUGCCCAGCCUAUCAAAUGGCCAUUUGGGCUAUACGGUAUUUGGCGAUGCUAUAUUUAUGAAUGGCGUAUACAAUGGAGCUGCUGGAAACAGCAAAAGAGCACGAAUUCCCAAUUGGAUAAAUAUAACUGCCGAAUUAUGUGAUCGACUUAGCUGCCAGAUAAACAAUGAGGCUACUGACAUUAGCUAUGAGAUGGACCUGCGCGGCGGCUUCUUUCGACACAGCAGAAGUUUUGUAUCCAUGGGCCUAACUCUGGAACAACGAACCUAUCCACAUAGGUAUUAUAAUCGGGCCCUGGUCUAUGAACUGUUAGCCUUCAGGCAUCCAACAGUUCCAUUAAACCUCGAGCCGCAGUAUCUGAAGCUGACCCAACAGCCGGGCAACGCCAGCAGCGACUUUGACUUCGAGGUGCUCAGCAAUGGCAGCAAUGCUGCUGGAGAUUAUCGCCUUAUGCGCGGACGCACCAAAGUGUUGGAGCAUAAGCAAUUUCAGCCGCACCCUCAUGAAAUAUAUGUUCUGUUCAGCGAGGCAAUGGAACAGCCUCUUAAACUGGAUUGGCCCACCGGGCAGAGAGAGCUGCAGCAUCGUGUCAUCAUUUCGAUUGAUCGCCAGCAAAGUGUGGCUCUCAAAGAGCUGCAGGAUGCGCUUCAGCUAAGUCCUGGUACUUUAAUGCAAAGCCAUAUUCAAGUCUGGACUGAUUUUUGGGAAAAACAGUUCUCUAUUGAACUAACUGGCAAUGCUUUGGAACUAUCGCGCAUUGUAAAUGCGGGCAUUUUCUAUUUGGCCAGCUCUUUGCCAACGUUAAGCAGCAACCAGGUGAAUGAGCCCUACUUUGGGCUGAGUCCCACGGGCCUGGCGCGCGGCAACUUGGAGGCGGACUAUGAGGGUCAUAACUUUUGGGACACGGAGAUUUGGAUGCUUCCUGUGAUCACACAGUUUGGCUUUGAAUAUGCCAAACAGCUGCUCGGCUAUCGCUAUAAUCAUCUGGAAGGCGCCAGAUACAACGCUCAAAUGAUGGGCAACAAAGGCGCCAGAUUUCCCUGGGAGAGCGCCUACACUGGCACGGAAGUCAUCAAUCCUUGUUGUCCAGAGAUAGCUCAACAGGAAAUACACAUUUCUCCAGAUAUAUCCUUUGCACUGCAAAAGUUUUUCGCCCAGUCCAAUAAUUACACAUGGUUAUGUGAGCAGGCUUGGUUCAUAGCCGCUGAGGUGGCCGAGUUUCUGGACAGUCGGUCGACGUGUACGCAGGCACCAAAAACCUGUCACUUUUUGAAUGUCAUGGGACCGGACGAGGAUCAUGGCAGCGUCGAUGACAAUGUGUACACCAAUGCGGUUGCCAAAAUAGCAUUGGAUUUUGCCAUAUGGACCGGCGGCAGGUGCGGCAACAGCAGCACGUAUCUUAUCGAGAAUUGGCGCAACCUCAGAGACAACCUGGUUAUUCUACGCGAUGAAGAUCUAGACUACCAUCCGCAGCAUUUGGGCUACAAGUUGAAUGAGACAGUCAAGCAGGCGGACACAAUACUACUUGGAUAUCCGCUGCAAUUCGAUACCAGUUCAACGCAUUUGAAUGAUUUGCACUAUUACGCGAAGGUUACACGUACCAAUGGACCGGCUAUGACCUGGUCCAUGUUUGCUGCCAAUUAUCUAUCCACCACGGAGGAUGGGCGCGCCCACGAUUUCUUUGCCCGUGGUUACCAGAGCUAUGUGCACAACGAGUUCAAGGUUUGGAGCGAGGUGCCCAUUGGAUAUAAAGGCUCCGCCAAUUUCCUAACUGGCAUUGGCGGCUUUUUGCAAGCCCUCAUCUUUGGCUAUGGUGGACUCAACUUUGCCCGUGUGGCUGACACAUCACAAAUGCAGCUUACCCUUCCUAACGUCCCUCCCCAAGUGGACCAAGUGCUGGUCAAAUACAUUCGAUUUGCGCAGGGCAAAUGCAGUUGGAAUUUUCAAUACAACAGCUCCAAUAUGAUUUGCACAUCUCCGGUGGAUCAGGUCUUUGAACUAAUCCAGGGCAGGCAACGGCGACUCUUGGGCAACAACUUUAAUGUGACACUUAAUAGGGGCGAUCCGACGAUGUACAUUAACGUGUUGAACUCAGGCACAAGAAAAUAAUACAGGGGAACAUUUUAU